AUGGCCACGCUCCACCACCACCUCCUACCCCUGCAGCGUCUGCCCAACUCCCCCCGCCCACCGCCUCCUCGCCUCCGCCUCCCCACGAAGCCAUCGAGGCCCCACAGUCGGCUGCUCCCCCGCGCGGCAGCCAGCACUACCGCGACAGUGUCCGCGCUGGAGGACUUCCGGCGGUGGCUCGCCUCUCAUAGCGUGGGCGAUGGAGGAAAAGCCUUUCCAGCCGCCGUGCCGGAGGGCCUCGGCCUCGUGGCGGCUCGGGAUCUGCCCCGCGGGGAGGUCGUCGCGGAGGUGCCCAAGAAGCUCUGGAUGGACGCCGACGCCGUCGCGGCCUCCGACAUCGGCCGCGCCUGCGGCGGCGGCGGGGGCCUCCGGCCCUGGGUCGCCGUCGCGCUGCUGCUUCUCAGUGAGGUCGCGCGCGGGGCGGACUCGCCGUGGGCGCCCUACCUGGCCAUCCUCCCGCGCCAGAUCGACUCCACCAUCUUCUGGUCUGAAGAAGAGCUCCUAGAGAUACAAGGAACACAGUUGCUAAGCACCACAGUGGGUGUGAAAGAGUAUGUGCAAAGCGAAUUUGAUAGUGUUCAAGCAGAGAUCAUAAGCACAAAUAAGGACCUCUUCCCUGGUAGCAUAACAUUUGAUGAUUUCCUAUGGGCAUUUGGAAUACUAAGAUCAAGGGUGUUUCCAGAGCUCCGUGGAGAUAAGCUUGCUCUCGUACCAUUUGCUGAUUUGGUUAAUCACAGUCCUGAUAUCACCUCAGAAGGAUCAAGUUGGGAGAUCAAAGGAAAGGGUCUUUUUGGAAGGGAACUCAUGUUCUCCUUGCGAACACCAGUGGAUGUUAAAUCUGGACAGCAGAUAUAUAUCCAGUACGAUCUGGACAAGAGUAAUGCUGAACUGGCACUUGACUAUGGGUUUGUGGAAUCAAAUCCAUCAAGGGAUUCAUAUACUGUGACCCUGGAAAUCUCUGAAUCUGAUCCAUUUUAUGAAAACAAGCUUGACAUUGCAGAGUUAAACGGACUGGGGGAAACUGCAUAUUUUGAUAUAAUCCUUGACGAACCCCUUCCUCCUCAAAUGCUCCCUUACCUGCGAUUACUUUGCAUUGGCGGAACAGAUGCAUUUCUCUUGGAAGCACUCUUCAGGAAUUCGAUUUGGGGCCACCUUGAACUGCCAUUGAGUCCUGACAAUGAGGAAUCAAUAUGUCAGGUCAUGCAAGAUGCCUGCAAAUCAGCCCUUGCUGCCUACCAUACCACAAUAGAAGAGGAUGAAGAACUAUCGGAAAGAGAGAAUUUGCAGCCAAGACUUACAAUUGCAAUUGGAGUAAGGUCCGGUGAAAAGAAAGUACUCCAGCACAUUGAUAAUAUUUUUAAACAGAGGGGGGAGGAAUUAGAUGGCCUAGAGUACUACCAGGAAAGAAGACUCAAGGAUCUUGGUUUAGUCGGUGACAAUGGUGAAAUUAUUUUUGGGAGUCCUAGAUAUUGUUUCUAG